AUGAGCUCUAGUGAAGUGGGAAACAAGGAACUUGAUAAUUCCAAGGUUAAGGGUGUACCAGUUAGUGGUAGAACGUGGAAGGUAGACAAAGAGCAGCUUAGGGUUGGUAGUAGGCAAGUGAGGAAUAAGAAGUUGAGAUCAUGGGAGUUAAAGCAGCAGAAAAGGUUAGAAGAUAAGCAGUUUAAGGAGAGGAUGAGACAGUUGAAAGAAGACAAAGAACAGGAACAUCAAAAAUGGAUACAAUCAUUGAGAGAAAGAAGGGAGAAGAGAGCAGAGAAGGAGAGGUAUGAAAUGUUGGCUACAAAGAUGCAUGCUAAAAAGGUUGAUCGUAUGAGAAGAAGGGAGAAAAGAAAUAAGGCAUUGAAAGAGCGUUAG